AAAAGUGUGACUACAUGUUGCUGGCGAUACAGAUAAGAUUCUGUUUUGAUUGUAAAUUGAAAUCGUUUAUCCGGACUAUUGAUAAGUGUCUUGUUUAACAAUCAUGUUCAGUGUUGUAUGGUUUUUGGUAGAAAAGUUGUCAUUCAUGUGAUCUCACAGCUGGCUGAACACAUGUGGAUAAAACUCACUUUUACCUACCGUAUACAGGUGAAAAAUGACAUAUAUACCUUUCAAACUGAAUAUGUGGAUGAAAGUGACACAUAGGUGUUACUGGAUUGUCAUACAGUGAAAGAAUUUCCCCCUGAGGGAUGUUAUCUGUCUAGAGUGGUAGUGUAGUUUUGAAUUAAGUUAGUGCGAAGUAUCUGUGGUUUAAAAUAAGGAUAAAUGAUGGUCCCAGUAUAAUAAUGUUGUCCGAAGAUAAACUGUUACACGUGGGAGAAAAAUAUUACUCAAUUGUGUCUAUAACUGGCAAGAAAGUAUCACGACUUAUAUGAUAAUUAUAGAAAGUUAAGGUCUUGUUUUUUUCAUCAAUUGGUGUUCAGUGACAUUUUGGAUAGUCAGGGGUCAUACACAACUUGAAAGCUGUGUGUUGGAUGAAAUAUUCGUGUUCAAGAUAUACUAGACUAAUUGACUUCAUUUGUGUAAAUUCAUUCUGAAUUGGAUUAAAUUAUUCAUAACGGAGGCAGAUGUUUGUACUCUACAUUCAUUGUAUGAUGUUAGGAUAAUUGUGUUUGUGUUAUUUACAAGCCUCUGUUUGUUGAAUGAGAGACGAAAAAGGAGUGGUUUAAUGUCAAAUCGGGUCAAUGAAUAAGACAGUGUGUCAUGAUCGAAAGUCAUGAUUAUGUAAAUAUUAUGAUGCUUCCUGUAAGGUCUUUAUCAAUAAGACCUAUGACUGAUUCUAUGUAUACUGUGCUGUAAAUUUAUUCUAAAUUAAGAUCACCCAGUCUGCUUCUUGGUUUGUUGAUAUGCAGCUUUUCUAUUCUGAAAACGAAAAUACGUCUCGGAUACAGAAAUUCUUAACUUUCAACCUUUAGAGACUGUAUGGAAUUUAUCAGGUGAAGUUUUUGUGUGGAUGUAUUGUCUGAAACUAGAAGAAUAAAGUUUGUUGAUCUGGCAGACAUUUCGGCUGAUGGGAGACAAAUCAGCUGACUGGGGUCAAAGAGUUCAAAUGAGGCUGCGUCAAUAAAUGUACUUUAUAGUUUAAGAAAUAACCAACAGCGCACAUUCCUUCCAGCUUGUGAAAAACAAUAAUAAACCACAAAAAGUAGACACUUUCUUACCUCAUGGAUUAAGUUAGUAAUUUGUUGAGUAAGAAUUGUAGUUUUUGUAGUUACAAGAAAUAAAUACUUGAAGCUAAAAUGUGAAUUAUUGGAUGCUAAUCACCAUAUGGAUAAAUUACGUAAUAUCUUUGGACUUCUAAGUCUGGAGGUUCAAGAUGUAUCAUCAAAUUUGAUAAGUUUUUGGGAGACUUCGUAGAUGUCUGGUGUUAGGAAUCUCUGUUUAGAAAAGACAGGAAAUAACUUGAUAGUUAAAUUGGAUGAAUCAUACAGGAAAUUCAAAAUAUUUCUGUUUUGUGUGAAUUUAAAUAUGUUAUCAUAAAUGUAUAGUUUCUCUGUGUUUGUUUUUAAACAAGGAGGAAAUUACCUUGUGGUUUGUGUAACUGAAAUGAAAUAAUUUUAGGAAAUUUAAUAAGCUAGCAGUGUAUUUUCUAUGGAUAUUAUAGGAUAAGAUCAUCUAAAUUUAUACUUUAAAGUGAAACUAACGUAAAUUGGAUUAAAAUCUUAAUAGGAAGUAAGACUUGCCAUCAAGGUCAAGGUCAAUAUAUUACGAUCUGUGUAGAAAUUAAUGCAGCCCACCAAUGGUGAGCGGUGGGCAGUUGCCUAGCAACGAGAUGGUUGACAUGGAUACCUCUGGUACAGGUGGUGUCAAGGACCCUCUCCCUAUUGGGGAUCGCACUCUGUGGCUUAAACAUGAACAGGAGGCUUAUAAGCAGACCAUGAAGCUGAAACGCCAGCUGUCAAAAGGUCGCCAUGUUCCGAUGGUUUACGGGCGACUGAGUGAGGCGGACCAGUUUGUCAUAAUGGCAGACACGCUGCAGCAGCAGCAGCAAGAGAUGGCUGCCAUGCAAAAUAGAAUACCGACAACGUUCCGCGAUGCUACUGCCGCGCCUCUACGCAAACUAAGUGUUGACCUCAUCAAAACAUACAAGCAUAUCAAUGAGGUUUAUUAUGCAAAGAAGAAGCGGAGAGCAGCUCCCGGUGCCCAAGGAGACGAAAGCGGGCAUAAGAAAGGCAAGGUCAAUGUUCACGCGUACAAUGAUGGUUACGAUGACGCAAAUCACGAUUAUAUUGUCAACCCCGGCGAGAAAUGGAUGGACCGCUAUGAAAUAGACUCUUUAAUCGGCAAGGGUUCUUUUGGUCAGGUUGUGAAAGCGUACGACCACACUGAUCAGGAACCAGUUGCCAUUAAAAUCAUCAAGAAUAAGAAACCUUUCCUGAACCAAGCUCAGAUUGAGGUUAAAUUAUUAGAGCUCAUGAAUAAACAUGACGCGGAAAACAAAUAUUAUAUAGUGAAACUGAAAAGACAUUUUAUGUUUAGAAAUCAUCUAUGCCUAGUGUUUGAACUCUUGUCUUAUAAUCUGUACGAUUUACUACGGAAUACGAACUUUAGAGGUGUUUCAUUAAACUUGACUCGAAAGUUUGCGCAGCAAUUGUGUACUGCAUUGUUAUUUCUGGCGACGCCAGAGUUAAACAUUAUCCACUGUGAUCUAAAACCAGAAAAUAUACUUUUGUGCAACCCUAAACGAAGUGCAAUCAAGAUUGUUGACUUUGGUAGCUCCUGUCAGUUAGGGCAGCGUAUUUACCAGUACAUCCAGAGUAGGUUUUACAGAUCUCCGGAGGUUUUACUGGGAAUACCGUAUGAUCUAGCCAUAGAUAUGUGGAGUCUCGGCUGUAUACUUGUUGAGAUGCACACUGGUGAACCACUCUUCGCUGGCUCUAAUGAGUUUGAUCAGAUGAUGAAGAUAGUGGAGGUGCUAGGGAUGCCACCUAAACAUAUUUUAGACCAGGCCCCAAAGGCUCGCAAGUACUUUGAUCAACUGCCCGAUGGAAGUUACAUUUGUAAAAAACCCAAGGAUGGUAAAAAGUACAAGCAUGCAGGUACGCGAAAACUUCACGAUGUGAUAGGUGCAGAAACUGGUGGUCCCGGUGGUCGUAGAGCGGGAGAACCUGGACAUACAGUGGCAGAUUAUCUCAAAUUUAAAGACUUAAUAUUGCGAAUGUUAGAUUAUGAUCCUAAGACACGAAUUACACCGUAUUAUGCGUUACAACACAAUUUCUUCAAAAAGACGACAGACGAGAGUACAAAUACAUCAAAUAGUACAUCAACCAGCCCUGCCAUGGAACAGCAUAAUGUUGGUAGCCCCACAGUUGGAAAUUCGGGGAGUGGGCGUGCAAGGUCAGAUCCUACACAUCAGCACCAUACCCAUUUGCAUGUUCAUUCACACUCUGCUCAUCAGGGUAACCAUGGCAACCCAGUCCAGUACACCACCAUGGAGUGUGAAAGUCCUCAAGGUCAGAGAGGUCAAGGACAGCCUCAUCCGCAGGUGUACACGCAACAGAGCUGGUCGGGCGCCCCUGAGGGGCAGAGGUCAAAUAACAAUACACAUUCCCAGUCCCAUCGGCAUCACCAUAAUAGGCAGUUGUCACCCCCUUCUAGUGGUCAGUUGUCUGCAACACAUGGGACUUCAGCAAGUUUGAUAAUCACGCCAGGAUUCCAAUCCUCGGCCACUCAGCCUCCCCAGUCUGGGCGGGUUGUUGACAUUGUGCCUGGUACUCACACGCGGGUACACAGUAGUUCAGAUCCGCCCCAAAUUGGGGCUGUAAAUAUGCAGUUAGCUGGGUACCCCUCCCAGUAUGGACAAUAUCCCCAACCUCAGUGGCCAGGGGGAGGAGCCUUUCCGUUCACCAUAGCAACAGGAGUAGAGACACAAUUACCGGGUCCAGAAAACCCGACAGUGCAACACACUAGGACUUCUUCAGAAAGGGGAGAUGAAUCCCCAAUGGUCGGUGUUGUGGUUCAACAAAGUCCCGUAGCAAGUCAUUGACGGCAGCUCAACUCUAGGUUUUAUGUUUGAAAUAUUUGUUCAUUGUCAUGAAAUGGGUGAUGUCUGAAGUGUUAGUGUUUCUGCAUAUGUUUUAUUAAGCAGAAACGAAUGUGUAUUUUCAUCAUGUGGAAGGAUUUCAUGCUUGUCGUCGUACCAGCUUUGGUUGCGCUGUCGUUGGCUCCUUUAGUUGCUAUGGAAAUGAAUUACGAGCUGUCACAGCAUUGUGUUUAUCACGAUGGCAAUCAGUGUGCCGGUAAAUAGUAAGGGGAAAGAGGACAUAGAGUUGUUUAAUUUGCAUGCGAGGGAUAGUGACAUAAAAUGUAAGGAAAUGCAUCAGUACUCGCUCAUUUGCAAAUACAGAAGUUCAUGAGUAGUGCAUCACAUAGUAAGAAAAGAAGUUGUGAUACCAUGGUUACGGAGUUGAUGAGAUGGGAGAAUCUGUAUAUUCUUGGAUAGACAAUGAAAACAUUAAAUAGAUUGUCAUUUACACCCCUUAUAAGCAAGCAAAGCUUGUGAAAACAAAAUGACAAUCUAGUUUCACUCCAAGAUAUAGAGGGGUUAGUUGCUAAGGUGCGAAGAAAAUUGAGUGUCAAUAGAACAAUGUAUGGGGUCCGAGGACUUUGGCGUUGAUGGAGGAAUUGUGGUUCAGAAGUGCACGGGGGGCUUACAGACUGCGUUGUCGCUAACAAAAAAAUGUGAUUAAGUGUAGGAUAGAUAAUUAGUGAAACUUGUAUUACAUGCUAUGGACAUGGCUAAUCAUAUUCUAUGUACUGUGAAUAAAUAAAAGAAAUGUAUAGUGGUUUGAAAAUAUGUGUAUUUGCCGGCAUGGUUAUAUGUAUAUGUACUGUAAAAUGUGGACAAAAUGUUUAACUGGAUGCAAAUAAGUGGACAUCAGUAUUCAGUGUUCAUUAAACAUUUUCAUUAAUUGAAACAAUUGUCAUAUAAAUUUUUAUCGUAGCUCUGUUUAACUUGCAAAUAGGAAAGAAAAAGUUCUUUUAUAAAAAGAACGCAGUCAUUCUUUUCUCUGGUUUUUUUAUAUAUAAAGAACUUGUUUUAGCUUGAAAUUUUUAAAGUGUCUAGAAAAAACGUGUGUGCAUUAAAGAUAAGAAGUUACAUAUUUAUUUAAAUAGAAUUUCACAUUAAUCUAUGCAAUGUAUUAUUAUACGAUAUAUAAAGAAAUUUUUACUAAAGAUAAUGUUUGUAUAUUGAUAACAUUUUAAUCUUUGAAUUUUAUUUUCUGAUUUUAAAAUAUUAAAGUGAGAAAUGUACUGGCAAGUACUGGAAAAAUUUAAACUUUGAUCUUUGGUUUUAGUUUUGAAAGAACAGUGUGAAAAUAAGAUAAUUUUAAAGGGACUUGCCAAGUUAACACAGUCUGUUUAUAUGGUAUAUUAUCAUACAUAGUAUUUGUCAUUUCACAUCAUUUCUUUCUGCAAAGGUGCUUUUUACAGUGGUAAACAAAAUCAUAUGUUGCAAAUGCUUGAUAGAAAAUGUGUGAAUUUUGUCACUUUUCAACAAGUUUAUAAAAUUCUUAACUCUGUUAUAGUUCUUAAUGACUCACUUAUGAGUUGUUGUUUUUUUAAAAAGAAUAUAAAUAGGUUUUAUUGAUUUUUAUUCUAUACGAAGAAAAAAAUAAUUGAGCUAUAUUUUCUAUGUUUUACAUAAAUAGGAAUUGAUCUAUUGUUUAUAUGAAAGAAAUAGUUCCAAAUGUGAAAAAUUUGCUUCAAAUACUGUGUAUUUAUACAUUUAAAUGUCUAAAUUUAUGUAAUAAUUUUAAAUAUUAUUAUAAAGAAUUUUAAACUAAAAGUUUUCCUUAAUUUAAAAGGCAUUUAUGCAAAGUUAAGUCCAGUAUCAGAAUUUCUUUCCUUUGUUAAAACAAAAGAACAAAUUUUAAUUUUGCGAGAAAAAAAUCUUGACCAUUGAAAGAUAAAGAAUAAAUUUAUGUCAGUAAAUUAAUUAUAUAGAUUAAGUUUGGUUUGAAACCAGGAACUAAGUUGAUAUGUUGUUAACUGGAUAAGUUUUGAUAUACGAUAGAUCUCUAUUUGCUCUUAUGGCAUUAUAUUUAUAUUCCCCCUUUCUAUUUGUAUUGUUUGUACAAAAAAAAAAAAUAUAGAAAUAUUUCCCUGGAUUUGAUUUUCUUCUGUUUUCUGUAAAUGCAAAUAGUCAUUCUGAUUAAAGUCUUGUUCAUUUAUAUAUAUAACCAGUAUCAGAUAUGAUACGAAAAUAAAACAGAAAAAUGAAAUAAGAUAUCUGAACAGAAUGUAAAAGUAGUGAGUGAUGUGUGUAAUUCCCUUACCCCUCUUGUAAAAGAUGUACAUAUUUUGAUAAUCUAAUUUAAAAAAGUAAAUCACGCCAAAAUGAUUUGGUCACGUUCAUGUCAUUACAUUUGUGUAUAUCAGAAAAUAGAAAUAAAACCCAACCUCUUUGCAUGUGUCACAGAAAAUAAAACCAACUUUUUCUAUGAGAAUAAAAAUAGGAAAAAUGAAACGGAUGUUGUGAUUCAAAAUACAUAUUUUACAGGAAAAUUAUAGGUUCAUUAUUCUAACUUGAAAGACCAAGAGACAAAAGUAUUCCGAAGUGGAUUUAUUUUUUGACCAUUUCUUAACAAUGCAAACUACUUUCAGCAAGAAAAAAAAUGUUGCUAUGUAAACCAAAAAAGAUUUUAUUAGAUAUUGUACAUAUUCUGUCAGUUCUUGCAUUAUCUUAAAAAUUAAAAUUAUUAAGUUACUUGUGAGUAAAUGAUAACUCCUUGAAAGAUGCAUUGAUCAACUCUCUUGCCAUCAGAUGCAGAAUAAUUGUCUGAAAAAGUUUUGCAAAAGUAAUUUUGGGAUAUUGACAUGCUAGUUAUAGAUAUUUUAGUAAUCAAUCAAAAUAAUGAAUUUUGUAUUUGACGUUAUUUAUGUGACAUAUGCAGAGAUGUUGUGGCGUUAUUCUUGAUGGAAUUUAGUGGUCUAGAGCUGUAUGGUCAAACCAACUGGUUGAUUAAAAAGUUCCUCUAGCGAUAUAUAUAUGAGCCGCGUCAUGAUAAAACCAACGUAAUGCGUUUGCGACCAGCAUGGAUCCAGCCCAGCUGAUCAGGAUCCAUGCUGUUCGCUUACAAACCCUAUUACAAGUAGAGAAACUGAUAGCGAACAGCAUGGAUCCUGGGCAGAUGCGCAGUCUGGUCUGGAUCCAUGCUGGUCGCAAACCCAUUAUGUUGGUUUUGUCGUGACGCUGCUCAAUUAUAUAUAUAUAUAUAGAAUCAUGAUUUUCUUUUCUUAAUCAAGUGUGCCUCAGAUCAAAUCAAUUUAUAUUAGAAAAAAUUAUUUGUUGUACUGUUUUAAAAACAAAUUGGUAAAAUUAAAAUGAGAAUCAAUUUCCUUUUAUAACUUAAGCAAGUUGCGGGAAUAUGAAUUUGUUCAUACAUUUCAAUUAACUGUAACUUGUUUUUCUUUAAGCUAUAUACCUUCCAUUUUAUUUCCUAUCUGAGCUUCUUUUUCUGUCCUACUUACAGGACAUGUGAUAUUUUCUUCACUUUUCUAAAUAGAAGUCACCACACGAAAUGAUUCUGUACAUGUUUGUGUGAGGUGACACUUGACAAAAAAAGCUGCCCCUCCCCCUAGAAAUGUCAAAUAUUGUACAAAUUUUUAGGGGUCACUUUUUAUAAUGUUCUUUUCUGGUCUUUAUAAAUUAAUAUAGAUUUAAUUGUCUUCUGCUCUACAUAAGAUAAGUCGUUAUUGCCUACAUAAAAAAUGGAAGGUAUAAAAUUAUUACAUGGCAUUAAAUGUAAGUCUUGAAAAGCUUUAUUCUGUACUUAUGUGCAAAUUAUAUUUCAUAAUGUUAUAUACUUAUAAAUUGUAAACUAAUGUUUGAAUAUGUAUACAAGUCAUCUGCUCAUUAAAACAAGGUCAACUUAGA